AUGAUAGCGGUGAAGCGCUCAACAGCAGGGUUCAUGCCCAUGUUGCUGAUGGUGAAAGUACCGCCCUGGUACUCUUCGGGCUUGAGCUUGUUGUCACGAGCACGCUUGCCAAGGUCCUUGACCUGGUUAGAAAUGCUGGAAAGACCAAGACCCUGGGCAUUCUUCACAAUAGGAGUGAUCAGACCAACGGGCGUAGCAACAGCAACGCUGAUGUCAACGCUGUUGUGCUGGCGAAUAACAACCUGGCCGUUCUCCUCAGUCCAGCUGGAGUUCACCUGGGGAACCUUGCGGAGAGCGGCAGCGCAAGCCUUGAUGAGGAAGUCAUUGACGGAGAGCUUGUACUUGCCCUCAGAGGAGGCGUUUAGUGCCUGCCGAAGCUUCAGAAGCUUGGUGACGGACAGAGUAGUAGAAACGAAAAAGUGA